CGCAGGCGCGCUCUCGGGAGGCGCGCUCUCGCGGCCGCUGUCGGCAGCAAAACAGACGUGGAGCGGAGGCGGGAGGUGUCUUCUUUCCACACUGCUUUGCCUUGCUUAGUUUAUUCCUUUGGUGGUACCAUAGGCUGUGCUGACAGGUGUGGUUACGAUGCUGCUGUCAUCUGUACCUGAAUCUGUCUCUUCCAGUGCAAGAGCUGCAGACUUGUUCUCAGAGGCAAAGGUACAACCCAUAGUGCAGAAGGAAGCGGAGUCAAUUGGAGAUAAAGAUUUGCCCAUCGUCUAAUUGGAUUUUCCACCAGUCUGCAGACUGCUCUUGACGAUUGGAAGAUGAGUGACACACGUGGACGUAGUUUUGUUGAGGUUAUUUGUGAGAAGUACAGCCCAGAAAACUUCCCGUAUCGACGAGGAAUGGGUAUUGGCAUCCACAUCUCCGCUGGGCCCCAGGGCUCACCUGUGAAAGCACGUCUAAACCUUCCAGCUAUCCUCGUGCUGGAUGGUUGUGGAAUUAACACAGCUGGAGAGGAAAGUGACAUUGCUGCCUUCUGCUCGCAUGUUUCUGAACUCGACUUAUCCGAUAACAAUCUACAAGACUGGUACGAGAUCAGUAAAAUUGUGUCAAAUCUCGCCAAUCUGACUUUUCUGAAUCUCACCUCGAAUCCGCUGACUGAGGCCAGGUUAGACUCGACAUGUGCUGCCUCCUUCUCCCGAAUACAGAGACUCGUCCUCAACAAUACCAAGCUUUCAUGGGAAACCAUUCACAUAUUUCUGCAGGAGUUACCAGGGUUAGAGGAGCUCUUCUUGUGCUUUAAUGACUACAGGACAGUUCUGCUAUCGCCCUGUUCCUACCCGUCACUUCGACUCCUGCAUAUUACUGACAAUAAUCUCACCGACUGGGCAGAGAUACACAAACUGGGACAAAUGUUCCCAGGUCUGGACACAUUAAUCUUGGCAAACAACCCUCUAGUCAGCAUCGUGGAUUCACAGGCAACUUUGGCACGACUUUUCCAAAAUCUCCGAUCAAUAAAUCUUCACAAUUCAGGACUAAGCUCAUGGGAUGACAUUGAUAAACUCAAAGCAUUUCCUAAACUGGAGGAAGUGAGGCUUCUGGGAAUUCCAUUACUGCAGAGUUAUUCUGAGGAGGAACGACGCAAGCUCGUCAUAGCUAGGUUACCAUCUAUUAUUCUAUUAAAUGGGAGUAAAGUUGCAGGAGAAAGGAUAGAUGCGGAACGAUUUUUCAUACGUUACUACUUGAAUCAGCCAGAUGAAGAUUUACCAGAAAGAUAUCAUGAACUGGUAACACAAUAUGGUGUGUUGGAACCAUUGGCUGUGGUUGACCUCCGACCCCAGAGUCGUGCCAAGGUAGAAGUUCACUUUGAAGGUAAAGUUGAAGUGAUGAAUAUUCGUCUCGAUCAGACUGUGGCUGAUCUGAAGAAACAACUUCGGACUGUCGUGCAGUUGUCAACCAAUAAUAUGCGCUUGUAUUACAUUGACCAAGACAUGGUAAAAACUUUUGGACCAGAAGAAAUGAGAUUCAGCACACGUGCUCUUCACUCGUUUAGCAUUCGAGAUGGAGAUGAGAUUCAUGUAGAACCAAAAACAAAAUAGUCUUGUGAAUUUACUCACAAUCUUUGCACUUUUUACACAAUAUUUUGUUUGCUAAUGAAAGUGUUGCUGGGUUACAGUACGUUUUCACAAUUGUAACUGUUAAAGGGUUAAUGAUCCAUGUAUAGGUACUGAUUAAUGCUGAAACUAGUUCACAAAAAAGAUCAAAGUUCCUGCCAGUAACGGAAGAACGUUUCUAUGAUGGACAUAAGAGAAACCUGUUUGAGACAACCCAGUAAUAACAGAGCCUGAGAUCGCCAUCAAUCUUUGGUCAUUAGGGGCGUGGUAUGAUGUGAUUAUUGAAUACAAUGGUGUAAAGUAUCACUAAUUACUUUACUGUGCAAUGUAUCAAAUGAAAGCAGACAUUGAGUGAGGUAACACAAAUCUGGGGUUACAGCCUUUGUGUGAGUUUGUUUAAUUACCAAUCACUCAAGGUUUUGUGAACAUAAGUCAUCAGUGUCAUGCAAUACAAUUUAUUGUAAACAGCUCUAUGGAUAAUAGAAAGCUGGGAUAAAGCUCAGAGCACAAACUGUUCUUGCUCAUAGUCAACACUGGAUAAAACCAUGCCAUAGUUUCAUUUGCAUCACUCACCCUCUUGACAUCAGAAAGAUAUUAUCCUUAAAACACAGAUUGUUAAACAAUCACAGCAUUAUGUAUUUCAGCAACAACUUUCAGAAGGGAAAUGGAUAUAUAUUUAAAAAGGAAAAAAAAAAUACAGGGCAGUGGGGAAAGGACAGAGAAGUGGGAUAAGUUGGAUUGCUCUUCAGGGAGCUGGUCUAGACAAGAUGAGGCAAAUGUCCUCCACAGUAUGAUAGUUUUAAUAUCACAAUGACAGCAUUAUGAUUUUUUGAAGCAAUGACAAAUCAGUUUAGCAGAAUCCAUUCGUUAGCACUUAGAAUAUCUGGUUCAGUCCUGAUUGAGUUGUUUAUGUCAUAGGCAAUGAGCACUAAACUGCAUAGUCAGCACCUUGAAUAUAAUCCUGCACAUUGAAUGUCUUUGCACACUGGCCACACACUCCAUAUGCACUAUCACAGCACUUUAACAGUUGUAUAUGUGCAGUAUGUGGCUUCUGCAUUCCAUUCAGUGAGCUGACUGUGCAGUGCGCACACUCACAUAUAUGUAAAUGUGUGUAUAUUUAUCACAAUUACUAAUGUGGGCAGUAAUAUAUCAAAAGUAUCAAAUUAUUUGAAAGAUGAAUAUCUCGUGUAGUGUCACAUUGUUAUUUUCAACCAGGAGAUGUUAGAUUCCUGCAACAUGCUUCAUGUUGGAUUUUCCAAUUUGUGCAUAUGUUUAAUGUAUUGUUCAUAGAACUAAAUUAUAUUGUUUUUUUUUGUAAUCCUGUUGAGUUUAAUGAUUCAUGGCGUGCACCUGUAAUCUAAUUGUCUGAGUGUGAUUGCUGUGUGAACAAUCCCAUCUCAGGGUUAAUUUCCUCCCAUGGUUUCUAAUGCAUUCCUUGUCUCCUUUGGGAAGAUGUUAAUGCAUUGAUACUUCCAUGCAACCAUUUGUCAAAAGUGUGCAAUUUUAUGCUGCAAUGGAAGAAAUUGAUUUACAUUCUGGACUGAGGCUCGUGUAGAGCCAACUCAAAAUGUGGCCUAAGCAGGCAUUAACACGAAAAGGGGCUUAUUGUUUGUCCUCUAUAAGAGUAAGCUGAAUAUGUUAGCAUGUGGCAAUUUGCUGCAUUCAAAGAAAAGUUACAUCCAAGGUGUGUAAUCACCAGUUGCCUACAGUUUGCAAGAAACUUGUCCCAGUGUAAAGUUUCAUACUGGCACAUCUGCAAAUAUUGAAUUGUGUCAGUACUUUUCAUUCUGUAGCCUAGAUGAUUUAUUUGUUACUCUACAUUAAUAAUGUGCGAAAUCAGGAAGCCAGUUUAUCUGAUUAGGGCUUUACUCUCUGAAUGAUGUUUGCAAUUAUUUCAUGUUAGAUGUUAGUUAACAUGGGACUCUGAAGGUGAAUUGAUCUGUAAACUCAGAUUGCUUUUGUGUGCAAAUUUAUAUAUGUUGAGGAUUUCUGCUGUAAUGCAAUAACCAGAUGAAUAUUGAGGAAAGGGUGAUGAUGGUGAGGAAAAUCUAAAUCUCACUCUGAGAUGUCCAACAAGCUGUAGAGGUCAGUGACUGUGUCCAGUUAGUACUCAUUCAGAGGUAAUAGCUGACUUGUGCCCCCCUGUAUACUAUUUUAUCUCUUGGCAAAAAGUGAAGAUGAAGGAAGAUGUCUGCAUUUUAAAGAAUCAGUUAAUUUAAAGUUACCUAGAGAUUUAUGGGCACAUCCCAGUUUUGGCACAGGAGAUAAACCAUGCAGAGUAUGCACUGACACAAUGUGGGACUGACCUCUGCAAAAGUGGUGUUAAUGAAUAGCCUAACAUAUCUGCCCAGGUAAAGCUCAAUGUUACUUGUGGCUGGUGGAAUGUUAAGGGGGAUGACUACCGUCUUCUCAAGAGCAAGUAAAAAUGGGCUCUAAGUGUCAGCGUUGACAAUGAUACCCACAGCCAGUAAAUGAAUUUUUAAAAUGGUGGAUAAAGGUGCAUCCAUCUUUAAAUCAAUCCCCAUUGUUCUUAUUGCUGUACCACAAGAGGGAAUGUAAUUAUGAAGGCUGCACCAUUUUUCUUUUACUGUGUAAAAUUUGUAAUUUGAUUAUUUAAAAUUUUGGUCCCACAUAGAUGUUACUUGUUCAAAGUUGGGUGCCCUGAUUUUGAGGGGUUAGUAACAGCCAUACCACAUGCGCCUUUUAGUAACAUAUUUACUGCUCUGCCUCUUUAAGAUGCCUUUAUUGCUACUUUCUUGCUGCCCCUCUUCAGCGGUCCCAGUAUUUUAUGUUGCCAUCUCAUGUCAUGUUAGAACCUGCAUGUUGAUCAAUCAUGUUGAUUCAUUCUGUAUCUGAUAUAUUUAUCUAAAGCUUUCCCUUAAUGAAUCAAACUCUGCAUUACUGAGUCAAUCUCAACUGUACUGCAUGUAAAUUUUUAUUUUAGUAAGGGAGUUAGCAUAUAAUGAUAAUUAUUGACAAAAAAUAUAGGGAAUAUUUUAAGUACUGUAAAGCUUAAUGAAUUAUCAUGGCCAAUAAAAUGCUCAGUUUCAA